UUUUUUCAAUCUACGAUACGCGAUAGUCUGUUUCUGGUCUUGCGGACAACUCCUUGUACAGUGAAGUGAGUUGUUUUCCGAUAGGUCGGCAGCACAAGGAUAAGAUGAUGCCGGUUAUGAAUUCAUCGUCAUGAAGAUAUUUGCCUGAUAUUGAAUCUUGUUGCAGGGAGCCCCUGGUUGACGUUUUGAUAAAGUACAACUCAUUUGGUAAAAUUUAAUUUCAAAAACACAAAUAGGAGCUCGCUGCUCGCUGCGAGAAAACCAGCAGAUUCGUGUGUAACUAAAGUCUUUUUUUUCAUCAACACCUGAUUUUGUUCUCUUUGCCCUGUAUCUGAGGACCGGACUGUUCCAAACAGAACACGGGGCGGAAACUAAGGCGAUAAAAGUUUUCCUAGACCCCAACUUUCCUCCUCGACGAUCAACAUGUCCUCCCCAACAACUCCCAUCCCGCCGAUGUUGAAGAGUGUAGCAGCCGGGAGGAGCACUUCCACCUCCUCCCGCAGCCUCCAGGAUGCCAUGCGAGAACUGUGUGACGCGGUAGCGAGCGAAUUCCAGCUGGAGCCCGCCGCUGUGCGACGUCUCGCUGCCCUGGAGAAGCGGAUCUCGAGCAACAUGAAUUUAGCUGCGCAGGGGGAAAACGGCGAGGACGAGGAGGAGGAGGAGGAAAAUGAAACGAACAAAACCGAGUACGUGUCCGUCACGAACGUGGUCAAACUCCCGGAGGUAUCAACUGCAAAAAUGUCUGGGUCUGGAAAUUUGUAAUGCUGCGUUGGGAAAAAUAGUGAAUGCUCUGUAAUGCACAGGCAAGCACGAGAAAUAUCUGCGCUUCUUUGUGUUGCGUUUUUCGCAUGACAAACUGCGUUUUUGCAUGACAGGCAAAAGGGUCUCUUCUUGGACACGCAUCACAAACUUUUUGGUCAUGCCAGACCAGCAUGACAAAUCUCAAUCAAAAUCUUCCAGACCCAGGCGCUUUUGCAUUUGAUAGCAGGGCAAGCAGCUGCAGGACCUCACCCUGGACGACCUCGCCAAGGCCAUUCAGGACCGACGGGAAGAGCUUGCCCGGGCGAACAAGCUGCGUGGUGCGACGAGUGAGGACGUGCAGGAGCAAGACCUGCUUGCAGCUGAAGGCACCACUACGGAAGAUAGCAUGAAGGCCGUGCCGUUCCUGCUCCGCUUCUGUCUCGGAGAGUUUCACUACGGCCAGCGGGCGACGAAGAUGUUGCCGGGGCAAAAGGAAAUGCUGGGGCAGAUGGGAACAAAUAACGGUAACCAGGCGAACGAAAAUUAUACUGGCUAUGGCAGCUCAGCCGCUUCAUCGCCAAACAACACGCCGAUGGGAAUAAAUACUAGUAGUGGAGGAACUACAACAGCUGGCGGCGGACAGUUUCCAGGCGGCGGGGCAAAGAACAAAAACUCUACUAAUGAUAGCUCCUCCCUCAACCCCGACGCAGUCAUACAGCAGCCCAGUACGAGCCGCGUCACCACAGCCUCAACCUCUGAAUUGGAAAAACAGGAAUCUACGACGGUGCAGGAGUCGGAGCACUCCGACACCACAGUAUCCACUUCCGCACCCAGCUCUGCAACGUCGACGCUCGGCGGUGCGAAUCGUGGUGACAAUACCAAGGCAGAUGUGAAGACGGUGUUGCAGCAGCAGGUGAAUCAUGUUGAUCCCGCGCCAGCUACUUCUAACCAAGAAAUAAAUACCACAGCUACAACAACUUCCUCCCAUUCCGACGCGGUGUCCGCGGCUUUUGACUGCCUCGCCCGGGAGGCGAAGUUCAGUCACUUGCACCAGGUGGCCGGGUGGGUGGAUCUGGACGACAAGAAAAUCUGGGAUGACUACGUGAUCGACACCAUGCAGGGCAAAGUCCUCCCCGGCGACCGGGUUUUUGAGGCGGGGUGCGGGGUGCUCGCUUUUUUGCGGUCCCUGCAGGAAUCCGUGCCCGGGCCGGUUACCAUCGGUGGAGUGGACGGGGCGAAGAAGACCAUCGAGUUGGUCCGCUCGGACUUGGCGCCGGUGGAGGACCGGGUAUAAAGAUUUAUGAUAUCUUUAUGUGAAUAAAAAUUUUGGUAACUGCUACGUACUGCACUGACACGACUUCGAAUGCAAUUUAGAUUUGAUCAACGCAUGACAAACGGCUUCUCGUAACUAAGGGGGUUCUGCAUCACAAAAAACAUUCCGCACACACGACAACACAUCAAAACUACAGGACAACUUUUCCGUCGGUCUCCUCCCGGAUGCGCUGACGCAGUUUGAAGAAAACUCCUGGGACGUGGUGGUCUGCAACUCGGUGUUUCAGUACCUUGCCGACAAGGACCAGGCCAAGCGCGCGGUGGACAACAUGCUCCGGAUGGCCAGGAAGUGGGUCAUCAUUGCGGAUGUACUGGAUGCGAAGUACCACGACCAGUCGAACGCCAGGAUUGCCCAGAUGGAAUGGACCAAGGGCGUCCCGGAGUACCGGUCCUAUGAGAAGAAGUGGUGGGAAGACAACUUCGACUACAUUGGGUCGGGGAAUUUGGUUUCUAUUCGCCAUGUCGAGUGCCCGCACUACGCGCGGCGAAAGGAACGGUACGUCGUCUACAUCGAGAAAAACGCGCCGGUGCUGGUGGCUUGA